GCGUCGGGUUAGCGACAUUCCUCACGUCGACUUAGGGGUAACAGGUUGGCAAAGAUUGCCCGGUAGAGUUAUCGGCUCACCAACUUCAGAAACUUUUUUCUGAGUGCCAACUCAUCGCAGUCUCGGUCGAGUUGUAAAUCUGUUGGAACCAGGUAAACAGUAGGCCGUUAAUUCGAGGGGUUACCCUGAGGUUGCGUCGAAGAGAGGUGAUCGAGACCGUACUGCGUCGAGGCAGGCAGGUUGACGGGUGCCAAGAGCUUAUUUGACGGUACGAUCAGGUGUGAAUUCCUCCUUGGUUGCACCUAUUGAGCGGUAGACGUUGAGUACACUGACAUUGACUUGUACGACCUCGUGGAAAAGGAGACGAGUUGACAGACGGUACUUGAGACCAGCACCAUUUGCAAGACGCCAACCGAGUGACCUCUACACAGAAAUCAGGUUAAGUGGCUGGAUCUCGUGCUCCGGUUUCAAAAUGACGCUCGACGCACUCUACGUUCAUCCACUUCGCUUGGCGAUCUACUCACUAGCAGUGACCUCCAUCUUCACCGUGGUAACCGGCGAGCCCAAGCCUGCCGCCCGCCUGGUGGGCGGGGAGAACCCUUGGUCCGGCCGUCUGGAGGUGUACUUCAAGCGACAGCGCGCAUACGGGACCGUCUGUGAUGACGGCUGGAAUAUGAACGCCUCGCACGUAGCCUGUCGCAUGCUGGGGUACGCCGACGCGGUCAAUUACCACUUCAGCAAUGUGUUCGGCGCUGGGGAAGGUACGAUCGUACUGGACGAUGUUCGGUGUGCUGGCGAUGAGCCUAGCCUGUUCAAAUGCCAGCGUGCCAAGCUUGGCGUCAGCAACUGUCAUCACAGCGAGGACAUCGGUCUGACCUGCAGCCAGGACACUAUCCAGGAGCGGAUGGAGGCAAGGAGGGCCGCCGUAAGUAUUCGUAGGAGCAAGAUCCGGAAAGAAAGGAAACAGAUAAAAGCUCGCCUUGUGGGAAGGUCCAAGCUCCGACCCAUCUCAGAGGGCGUGGUGGAGCUCUUCUACAAGGGCAAGUGGCGCACCGUGUGCGGGGAGGGUUGGGAUACCCAGGACUCACGGGUAGUGUGUGGCAUGCUCGGCUUCAAAGACUCGCUGCCGCUGAACGAAGGUUACGAAGAGUCGAAAGAUUUCAAGCGGCCAAAAAGCAUGCGGUUCAGCAACUUCCAAUGCACAGGAUCUGAAGUCAUCAUCGGAACCUGCCCCUUCGACGACCUGGAAGACGCAGAGGACUGCCUGUCCGACGCGGUGGCCCACGCUCGCUGCCACCGCGGAGACUUUGUGCUCGACACCCCCUACGACGAGAGCGGAGAACCCCUGGAGAGUACGGCGGAGGAAAGUGACGAGCAAGCGGCAGAACAACCUGUUGAGGUGGUGUCAGCGGGUGAUGAAGGAGACACCAGCACGGAUUCAGGCGGUGACCAAUGGAUGAAUACCACCGCCACGUUACCCGAAGCGGACAUGCCUGCUACGGAGGCUCCGGAAGUCCUGAACGACGAUACCGAGCAAGCGCAGAGAAGAAAGGGGAGGAAUAAAAAACCGGCAAAGAAACAGGCGGCACCAAGGGUUUGGAAACAAAAGCCCACCAUCCGGCUGAAGUCCGGGGCUAACUACGGCGAGGGCCGGGUAGAGGUGCACGUCAAUGGAUACUGGGGGACCGUCUGCAGCGAGGGAUGGGACGAGGUUAGCGCCAGUGUGGCCUGCCGACAACUCGGGUUCGGGGUAGCUAAGGAGGCUAUACCCAACUCGGAGUUCGGACAAGGUGUUGGCCCAAUCUGGCUUUGGCGCGUUCGGUGCGAGGGACACGAGAAGACGCUCCUUGACUGCAGCCACGGCUAUCUGAACGGUAGCAGGUGCACUCACGCCCAGGAUGCUAGCGUGCGCUGCGUGGUACCCGAUAUCGACGCCGCCAGCAAGGUCAGGCUGGAAGGGGGUACCUACGAGAGGGAGGGGCGGGUGGCUGUCUACGUCAACGGGGAAUGGGGCAACAUCUGCGGGGCGAACUGGGGGCUCCUGGCUGGAAAGGUGGUUUGCCGACAGCUGGGGAUGGGACACGCUCGCUACGCACCCGAAAGUACUUUAUCUUACGGGUCUGCAGCCAAGAGAAAUUUCCUCAUGUUGGACGUCCAGUGUACAGGCAACGAGAGAACCAUCAAAGAGUGCAAGUACACGCGUCCCUCCAACACCGACACCUGCAUACGGGCGUUUCGAGCCGGGGUCGUCUGCGUCGACACCUUACCGGACAUCCUCAUGGAUCUCCACAUUCUGCAGUCGUCCGUCCGGGUCCAGGACUGGCCCGAGUCCCUCAUGACAUGCGCUCGCGAGGAAGGGUGCCUCUCGGAUGUCCCCAAUAACUGGGGUCUGCGAAGGCUGCUUCGCUUCACCAGUGCUAUCAUGAACCGAGGCAUGGAACAGUUUCGGCCCUUCUUGUCUCGGUACAGUUGGAUAUGGCACAGCUGCCACAGGCAUUUUCACAGCAUGGAGGUGUUCAGCCAUUACGACCUGAUCAACAGAAAGGGGGAGAGGGUAGCCCAGGGUCACAAGGCCAGCUUCUGCCUGGAGGACGGGCACUGCGACGACGGUGUCUCGCCCCAGUUCUCCUGUAACACCGACCAAGGCAUCUCGGUCAACUGCAUUGAUAUCUACGCCAGCAACAUUGACUGUCAGUGGGUGGAUAUCACCGGGGUCAGGACCGACCUGUACACGCUCAGGAUACAUAUCAAUCCGGAUAAUCUAGUGGCAGAGUCGGAUUACGAGAACAACUUGAUCGAGUGUGACUUGUACUAUGGCAGAACCAUCACAAUUGGCCACUGCGAGUAUGUAACGGACAGAAUGACUAACUAGUGGUUUGAACGACGUCAUCGCUUCAGUUAACAAAGUUCCACAUAUGUGUAAAAGGUCCCACAGAAAGAAUUGUGGACGUCAUUCAAAUUUGUCAACAGUGGAUACUAAUAUCCGAACACCUGGAGGGAUCAUGGAAUGAUUGUUAAAAGCUCUCUGAUAUCUUUAAUAUGAAGGUAGUAUUGCAGUUAUUUGGAGAAAUCUUGUAAAAGACAAAGAUAGGCUCCUGGAGAAGAGUUACAGUUGUUUAGGUCAUCAAUCUCAGGAUGUCACUUUCAGGUCAAACUCAACAGGUGGUUUCUACAUUUUGGCACCCUUUUUGUUGGUGUGUUACUGUAUGGCUGCCCAACAAGUCAAAGAAACAAAUCCAAUAAGAGACUGAUUCUGAUUUUGCAUCUAAAACCAGAUCCCUAUUCAUAUCGUACCUUCGUUAUGAACAUACUAUAGGUUAUUUUAUAAGAAUUACCAUCUUGUUCCUGUAUUUUGCCAUGUUGUAAGUAGCUAAAGCUUAGUGGGCCGUGUAGUCCUUUUAGUUGAAUUUUCAAUUGUAUAAUGUAACUAUAUAAUUUCUAUUUUAAUUCAUCCUAUAAUUGUAGUCCAAGUAGUGUUAACUAGGCCAUGUUACUGUUUCACGUAUGGUGCUUUCACAUUGUUGAUAUAAAAUGUGAUUAUAUAUGUUAAAAUGAACACCGUCAAAGAUGCUUGUCGUAAACAGUUAUCAAAAACGGGCAGAAAAAUGUAUCAAAAUGGAACCAAAAUGGAACAUUGCCCAAGGACGUCAGCCCUUUGUGUCCAAGAAUUCAACUUGUGUAUAGGGAAGGGGCGUAAUCGUACGUCGCCUCUACAUCUUAAGUGUGGUGGAGUGGAGUUUGGCAACCACCAUGAAUUUUGGCAACCACCAUGACUGUUUUUUAAGUUAAGAGAAGUGUUUCUAUGGCUGAGAAAAUAAGGGAAACCAGUCUGUGCAAGCAUGGUUCAAGGAAUAAUCGGUGGAUAUUAUCCUUUUGCUAACAGGUUUUUUUCCCAAGAAUAUUCCAAGAAGAUUGCUGUCGUGAAUUAGAUUUUUAUAGGAGGGAGGGGAUGAGAUUUGUUGUCAGCAUCAACAGGGCCACUCCCCUUUUUUUACUCUUUGAUUUCUACUGCUUCAUGGAUGAGCAGUCUGUUUGCUGAUGCAUUUGAGUACUUCUUUGCAACUAGCAUGGAGAGAAUUUUAGGUUGAUGUCAGUUUAAAUACACUGGUGGAGGCAACCAGCAUUUGUGCAGAGUGGAGCUUUGUAGAAAGUACAUGUACGUUAACCGCCCUCUCUUGCUCAACUUUAUAAGACAUGUCACUGAAAUUUUCACAGUUUUCAGAGGGAAAUCCAAGAUUAAUUUAAGCUGUGCACUGUUCUCGGUAUGUUGCAAAUCUGAAUGUUUCAAAACCAAAAGUAGUUUUGAUAUUUUACUGUGGUGUAACUAACAUUUACUGCCUGCAAACAGGCCACCUGCAUGAACUAUUGACAACGUCCAUACAGUGUUUUGUAAAGCAUGGUUCAACGAUUGUUCUUUUGUUCUCUCUGCCAUGAAAAAACGUUUAUCUUUACUUCUGAAUUUGUCAUUUUAAAAGUAGUACCCAUAAAACUGAUGUAAUUUGAGGACUAGCGAUCAGAUGCAAUUUCAGAUGCAAACCUCCAAUGGCAUUGCACAAGAUACAUCCAGUUAUCUUAGUUGAUUUUCGGUAAUAAAUACCAAUUUUUUUCUGAAUCUUGGUUUGUUCUCUGUGACAGCCACAACAUGAAAAGUGAUACAGAAAGUAGAAAUAAAUGCCCAAGGAAAAAAAAAGAGUACAACAUCUCUAGCUUCGUUUCUGGAACAAUUAUUUUUAUAAAACAUUGUGUAAUAUGAAAUACAAUCAUUCAGUACAUAAUACCUAUGCAUAUAAUGAGUCAUCAAAAAGCUUGAAAUUAGUCAAAACAGCUUUUUUGCAAUGAAUGGCUGUAUUUAAAAAAAAUUGGAAGUACCUUUUUCGUAAUCCAGUGUCUAUUUCCUUGUUUGUCAAAUUACACUGGUAGGAUUAAGCAUUAAAAUGGAACAAGGAUACCUACGGCAAAUAUUCAUGAUCGGAUACUUAAAAUGGAUUGUUAUUUCAUACGUAAAAAGUCACUUUUUCUUUGAUCUUGGCAAAAGCUAAAAAGGGACCUACGGACAGGACAAAUGAGAAAUAUUCAAAAUAUACACUGCAUAGUUGUGGGGGAAAAAGACAAGCACCGCGUGUGUGAAAGUUGCUGGUUUUGUUUUCAAAUGUAUCAGUUACUAAUGGAUAACUUGAGCUGCAAUGAACAUAAAAACUUUGGUUUCAACUUUGAAACAAAAUAUGCCUACGUAACAAAGAUCUGUUUUGGGAGAUACUUUACAUGUACAUGUACAAUGAGGAUCCAUGGCGGGUGAAGAGGUUCAAAUUUAAAACAAAAGCACCAUAUUUCUAAUUCCAAUGAAAACAAUCCACACUGGAAAGCAAACAAUCAGACACGGGGAAACAGACACAAGAGUGAUGAAUAUGUAAAUUUCAAGUGGGAGUGGCUUCGGUAGUAUCAUUUGCAUAAUUGUAGACAGGGCUUGCAUAAAUUGAGUGCCCAGCAGUUAAUGACUCUGGCUUCUUACCAGUUGCAAAACAUAACCUGUUACUUGUCCCACAAGCCCCCUUUGCAUUAUUUGAAGUCAACUGCAUCCUAUACUUGUUAACCUCUAUAAUCACAGUAUCAAAGCAUAAAUAAUUGUACAAAAGAAAUUACUAUACACAGUGAUCUCUGCUGAAGCCAAGUUGAUUACGGACUUGAGUCAGGGUGGUGUCAAAAACCAACCCAUAAGGGGAGAAAAAAGACUGAUUCCCCCCACCCCAUCCAACACUUAACGCCCCACGCCCAGCAGAUUUCUAAAUCUGAUCAAUUAUUCCAAUUAAUAACUUUAAAAAAGAAGAACACAUGCAGUCCAUGAGGAAAAAGGUAUGGAGAGGAGAAAAAUGAUAUAAUUGACUUUCAAUGACAUGCAUAUCAGAAAACCAGAGAUUUCUCAACAUCUCUCCCCCAAACGUUCCUCUCUGGAGGGAGAAGGGAAAUGAACUUUCAGUCAAAUAAAGGAACACUUUGUCUUAUGUCUCCAAGGAAAAUUUGGCACAAUAAGAGUUGGGGGUGGGGUGCUCUUUUCCCUCACAAAAAGCAGCAGUUGAGUUCGAGAAUGGAUUUGGGCGAGUUCGAAUUCUCAUGUUAUUCCACGAGAUCAUACUCGACAAACACCUGAGAGAGCAAUAUCACACCCUAUGAAUCACAACUUUUGGACAUUUGUUAGAAAACUGAGCCAGUAUAUCAACAAGAUUAUUACGUAUUAAAUGAAGAAAUCAUCAAGUACUUUUGAGAACUAGUGUUCCGACUUCAUUAUACAAUAUCCAGUGUUAUACACACCUAUUGCAACUACUCACUACGUGACGCUUACAUAGUCUCUACCCGAUUUACAAUAAUUUACACAAACACAAACCAAAACAAAUUAUGGUAUAUUUCAUCUUUUCGUAUGUACAGAAGACACUAUGUUAAAAACCAAAAACAGAAAAAAAGACAUACAACUCAGAUUAAAAAGAGAAACCAAACCAAACCAAACACUUCAUUCAGAGAGAAAAGAAAGAUCUGCAGCAAUUUUUUUUCUGGAUUAAUAACAAUUUUACCAGAUGUUUAUUUAGCCAACGAAACCCAAACCAACUGAUCAUGUGGUUAAUUAAUUCUGUUUCAUUUUACUUUUUGGACUGUUUAAAUUCCAUUUUUGUAAAAA